AUGAACAUUAACGACUUACUUAACUCUAUUACCAAAAACGAAACAAGCAGUUAUAUGCUUGCCAAUUCCUUCUUUGAGCAACAACCCACUCAAAUGGAUAUCAAUGUCACUUAUCCAGCUUACGACAUGAUGGAUAUCAAUGAUAAAGCCUCUGUCAAUGAUUCAAUUGACUUUGAUGGUUUCUUGGCUGCUGCCACUAACAACGUUGAGGCGGAUGAAGAGGACGCUUCUCCUAUGGAAGCCAAAUCCAGCAAUGUUGAGGUGGAGUACACCUCUGAGAAUGGUCCUGGAUUCACACGUGUCCAAAACCAAGGAAUGGCCCAAGCUGAACCAGAGCAGGCUGACAUUGAGUAUGACUAG